CCUCCCCCGGCUGCUGGAGCUGGCGGCGCAGGCGCGGGCGGGGAGCGCGGCAGGGUUGGAGCGGGGCGGGGCCUUCCCGGACACCUGGGUCUCAGCUCGGCCCCUGCGCAGGGCGGGUCCCGGCUGCAGCCCCAGGCGGGCGAGUCGGCUUCGGGGAGGGACCAGCCGCGGGGCGGGAAGUCGCUGCCCGGGCGGAGGAAGCGGCCGGGGCCGGAGCCGAGCCCGGCGAUGGCUGCAGCGGGGCCGGCGCAGCAGCUGCGGGUGGCGUUUGAGGACGUGGCUCUGUAUUUCAGCCGGGAGGAGUGGGAGCUCUUAUCCCGGCCAGAGAAGCAGCUGUACCGGGACCAGAUGCUGAGGAAUUACCGGGCCCUCGUUUCCUUGGGCUCUUCAGGUUCCACACCGGAUUUAAUCCACCGGAUCGAGCUAGGGGAGGCAGAGCUCUGGAUCUGGGAUGCCGAGGGCUCCAGGGAAAGCUCCAGGUGUGAGAGCCCCUCCUCAGGGCACGGGAUCCCGGGAGGAACGAGGAAAUGGUCUGAGUGUGGGGAGAGUGCGGCAGGAACACAGGAUCCCACAUCCCACAGAGGGAUCCAUGCACAGGACACAGUCCAUCCCCAGGGUAAACUCAGUCAGAGACCAGACCUGGCUACACAGCAGAGACUCCCCGUGGGCCAGCGUCGCCAUCGCUGCAUCGACUGCGGCAAGAGGUUCAGAAAACCCUCCGGACUCAUCCAGCACCAGUGCGCACACACCAGGGAGCGGCCGUACCACUGCUCUGACUGCGGCAAGGCCUUUGCAGAGAGCUCAAAGCUGAAAAUACACCAGCGCACGCACACCGGGGAGCGGCCAUACCACUGCACUGACUGUGGCAAGAGCUUUACACAAAUUGCACACCUGAGAACACACCAGCGCACACACACCGGGGAGCGGCCGUACCGCUGCACUGACUGUGGCAAGGGGUUUAACAGUGCCAAUAUGCUGACCCUCCACUGGCGAACGCACACCGGGAAGAGGCCAUACCACUGUGCCGACUGCAGCAAGAGCUUUGCAGAGAGCUCAAAGCUGAGAAUACACCAGCGCACGCACACCGGGGAACGGCCGUACCACUGCACUGACUGUGGCAAGGACUUUGCACAGAUCGCAAACCUGAGAACCCAUCAGCGCACGCACACUGGGGAGCGGCCGUACCACUGCACUGACUGUGGCAAGGGCUUUGCACAGAUGGCACACCUGAGAACCCAUCAGCGCACACACACCAGGGAGCGGCCGUACUACUGCUCUGACUGCGGCAAGGCCUUUGCAGAGAGCUCAAAGCUGAAAAUACACCAGCGCACGCACACCGGGGAGCGGCCGUACCACUGCGCUGACUGUGGCAAGGACUUUGCACAGAUCGCACAUCUGAGAACCCAUCAGCGCACGCACACCGGGGAGCGGCCGUACGCCUGUGCUUACUGCAGCAAGGACUUUGCACACAACUCAAACCUCAGACUACACCAGCACAUGCACACAGGGGAGUGGCCAUACAGCUGCCCCAGCCCUGAACCCUGUCCCACCCCCUGAACCCCUCAUCCCUGGUCCCAGAGCCCACACUCAUUUUUAGAAUAGAAUAGAAUCAUAGAAUA